GCCCCUCCCACCCAACCUCCUUCCUGGCUGGCUCUUCCCUGGGAGGAAAACGGUUUCUGUCUCUCCCAAGCGCUUCAUCGGGGGCGCCUUCUGGGAUCUGAGUUGGUAGCACCUCCCGUGCGGACAGAAGAGGGAGGGAGUCUCUUGGGCCCGGUUGGAGCCUUCCUUGGAAGACAGAUCGAGGAUGAAGGAGGAAGACUCACCUGGCCCUGAAGCAGGAGGCGGCUCUUAUAUCACCCAGGCAGGGAGCAGUGGGGAAUUCUGGGAAAGGGACCGAAAGGUUCCAGGCGAGGAGGAGGCCCUCAGCUCAGAUGUGCAGCGCCAGCGUUUCAGGCAUUUCCACUACCAAGAAGCCAAAGGGCCCCGAGAGAUUUGCAGCCAACUUCACCGUCUUUGCUGUCAGUGGCUGAAGCCAGAGUGCCACACGAAGAAUGAGAUCUUGGACCUGGUGAUCCUGGAGCAAUUCCUGGCCCUCCUUCCACCAGAGGUGGAGAACUGGGUGAGGGAAUGUGGAGCGGAGACCAGUUCCCAGGCUGUGGCCCUGGCCGAAGGUUUCCUCCUGAGCCGGGCAGAGGACAAGAUGCAGGCAGAGCAGCAGGUCAUGAGUCCAUUUGCAGAAGAGGCCACUGAUUUCCUAGAGUCACAGAAGGCGCCAUUGGACGCCAGAGAGUGUUCCCUGCAGAGGGGAACCAUUCAGGAGUGUGGCAGACAUGCCACCUCACUCGGGGAUGAAAUGAUGCCAACAAGACCUCCUCACCCAUCUCCUCUUCGCGCUUCUGGGGAAGCAUCUGUUGUGAAUCCAGUUCAGGGACCCACGACCUUUGAAGGGGUGGCUGUGUAUUUCACCGAAGAGGAGUGGGCUUUGCUGGAUCCUGACCAGAGGGUGCUGCACAGGGAAGUCAUGGAGGAGAAUUGUGGGAUCAUCAUCUCUCUUGGCAAUGAAAGAGAAACCAAGAAUCAGGGAGAACUACAUGAAUGGUAUGGGAUGUUUCCCGAAAGAGACGUAUUUAUAAAGGGGGAGCAGCAGAGAAGCAAAGCUGAAGGAGAAGAGAAGAAGAGGAAUAAACCCCCUACUUCUCAGGGAAGUGACCUCCAUCAAAUUCUGGUCCAAAACAAAAUACAAAGAAGAAAAGAAAUAAGUACAUGCUGUGUGUGUCAGAGAAGUUUCCAUUCUAAAUCAAAAUUAAAAGCUCAUUACAAAAUCCACGCAGGAGAAAAACCAUAUCAGUGCUUGGAGUGUGGAAAGAGCUUCUGUCAGAAGACAAGUCACGCCCAUCAUCAAAGAAUUCACACAGGAGAGAAACCAUACAAAUGCUUGGAGUGUGGAAAGAGCUUCUGUCAGAAGAGAACUCUUGCUAGGCAUCAAAGAAUUCACACAGGAGAGAAACCACAUAAAUGCUUGGAGUGUGGAAAGAGCUUCUCUCAGAAGACACAGCUCGCCGGGCAUCAGAGAACUCACACAGGAGAGAAACCAUAUCAAUGCUUGGAGUGUGGAAAGAGCUUUUCUCAAAAGAUAAAUCUCACUAUUCAUCAAAGAAGUCACACAGGGGAGAAACCAUAUAAAUGCUUGGAAUGUGGAAAGGACUUCGGUAGUAAAAAGUUGCUCAUUCCGCAUCAAAGAAUUCACACAGGGGAGAAACCAUACAAAUGCUUGGAGUGCGGAAAGCGCUUCUGUCAUAAGACAAAUCUCACUAGGCAUCAAAGAAUUCACACAGGAGAGAAACCACAUAAAUGCUUGGCGUGUGGAAAGAACUUCACUCAGAAGACACAGCUCGCUAGGCAUCAAAGAACUCAACACAGGAGAGAAACCAUAAUUCACACAGGAGAUAAACCAUAUCAAUGCUUGGAGUGUGGAAAGAGCUUCUACCAUAAGACACAUCUCACUAGGCAUCAAAGAACUCACACAGGAGAGAAACCAUAUAAAUGUCUGGCAUGUGGAAAGAACUUUUCUCAGAAGAGAAAUCUUACUAGUCAUCAAAGCACUCACACAGGAGAGAAGCCACAUAAAUGCUUGGAGUGUGGAAAGAGCUUCUGUGAGAAGAGAAAUCUUGCUAUUCAUCAAAGAAUUCACAUAGGAGAGAAACCAUUUAAAUGCUCUGACUGUGGAAAGACAUUUCGUCACAGUUCUUCCUUUAUUAUUCAUCAAAGGAUCCAUACAGGGAAGAAACCAUAUAUAUGUUUUGAGUGUGGAAAGAGCUUCAGUGAGAAGACACAUCUUACUACUCAUCCAAGAAUUCAUACAGGGGAGGAACCAUUGUAGGGACUGGAGUGUGGCAAGAGCUUUGAAUUCACCCUGGGGAGAAACUUUAAAAGUGCCUGGAAUAAUGAAUUUGAUUCAGUUUAACUCUGUUUCAGAUUGGAACUGAGUUGGUGAGGGAUAUGGCCUGGCAGAUGGAGAAUAGACUCAGCAGAGUUCGGAAGGCCAGAUGGUGAGGCCUUGAGGUUCCCCACCCGUCUAUCCACAGAGAUGAACAGGAAAAGAAACUACUGUCAUCCACACAUGCACCUGGAAAGCCCCUGCACAGAUGCACACGUUUGGCUUUUCCAUGGCGUUUGGCUAAAGGUUGAAUCCAAUAGAAUGUUGAUUACUCCUCCUGAAUGUGCAAGAUUUUUCUUUGUCACCCCCUGAAAAGCAUCAUCAGAUUAAAGCAUACAUUGUGGGCUUGGAUCUGCUGAUUAUGAGGGCACCUGGCUUUGUUUAUGGACAUGGCAAUUGAGGAUUAAUAAAGAAAAAAAGAUUUUGAGAUGGAUGAUGAAAAUGUUUUUCCAGGGCUCAUCAUCAAACUUUAUUUCACGUCAAGCCCUCCAACAUUCAGUUUGGUGGAGUAGGGGGAGAGGAGGUUUGGGACCCCUCGGAGAUCAGUGAAGGCGUGCCAGCAAAGAGUGGUGGGAGGAGCGUGGUGGGU